AUGGACAUGAACCAGCUGACCCAGAAGUCCCAGGACGCGCUGCAAGCUGCUCAGGCCAAUUCGCUUCGCUUGGGCCAUCAAGAGGUCGACACCGAGCACCUGCUACUGGCCUUGCUCGAAGACCCCACCGGCCUGGUGCCCCGACUGCUCGAGAAGAUCGACGUGCCCCUCGACACCUUGCGCGCCGCGGUGAACGACGAGCUCGGCAAACGACCGCGGGUCUCAGGCCCCGGCAGCGAGCCCGGCAAGAUGCUUGUUUCCCAGCGCCUGCAACGGCUCUUGCUGGCCGCCCAGAAGCAAGCCAAGGGCUUGAAAGACGAGUACGUGUCGGUCGAACACCUGCUGCUGGCGAUGCUCGGCGAAGGUUCGGGCAGCGUCACCAGCCGGCUACUGAGCCAGUACGGCGCGACCAGUGACCGUUUCCUCGGCGCCUUGCGCGAGGUCCGCGGCAACCAGCGGGUCACCAGCGCCAACCCGGAAGCGGUCUACGAAGCACUCGAGAAGUACGGCAUCGACUUGGUAGCCGAGGCUCGCACCGGCAAGCUCGACCCGAUCAUCGGCCGCGACGCGGAGAUCCGCCGGGUGAUCCGCAUUCUGUCGCGCAAGACCAAAAACAAUCCGGUGCUGAUCGGCGAGCCCGGCGUCGGUAAGACCGCUAUCGUCGAGGGGUUGGCGCAACGCAUCGUCCGCGGCGACGUCCCCGAGUGGUUGAAAGACCGCUCGGUGUUCUCGCUCGAUCUCGGCUCCUUGCUGGCCGGCGCCAAGUACCGCGGCGAGUUCGAGGAACGCCUCAAAGCCGUGCUGUCCGAGAUCAAGCAGUCCGAGGGCCGGGUGCUGCUGUUCAUCGACGAGGUCCACAACAUCGUCGGGGCGGGCAAAGCAGAAGGUUCCACCGACGCCGGCAAUCUGCUCAAGCCCAUGCUGGCUCGCGGCGAGCUGCACUGCAUCGGCGCUACGACGCUCGACGAGCACCGCAAGCACAUCGAGAAAGACGCCGCCUUGGAACGCCGCUUCCAGCCGGUGCUGGUCGAAGCGCCGUCGGUCGACGAUACGGUGUCGAUCCUGCGCGGCGUCCGCGAGCGUUUCGAGGUCCAUCACGGGGUCGGCAUUCAAGACAACGCCCUGGUCGCCGCCGCCACCUUGUCGAACCGCUACAUCACCGACCGAUUCUUGCCCGACAAGGCGAUCGAUCUGGUCGACGAAGCUUGCGCCAUGAUCCGCACCGAGAUCGACUCGCUGCCGGCCGAGCUCGACGAGGUCACUCGUAAGGUCAUGCGGCUCGAGAUCGAGGAAGCAGCGCUCAAGAAAGAAAAGGACAAAGCCUCGAAGGGCCGCCUGCAAACCCUGCGCAAGGAGCUCGCCGACUUCCGCGCCCAGUCCGACGCCAUGCGAGCCCGCUGGGAGGCCGAAAAGGGCGCCAUUGAGCGCACCCGAGCGUUGCGUGAGGAGAUCGAGAAGGUCCGCCAAGAAAUCGAGGUCGCCGAGCGCGACUACGAUCUCAACCGCGCCGCCGAGCUGCGUCACGGCCAGCUGCCGCAGCUCGAAGAGCAGCUGCAGGCCGAGGAGGCCAAGGUAGCGGCCGAGAAUGCUAGUGGCGACAGCCUGCUGCGAGAAGAAGUCACCGACAAUGAGAUCGCCGACAUCGUCUCAAAAUGGACCGGCAUCCCGGUCACCCGCCUGGUCGAGGGCGAGCGCGACAAGUUGCUCCGCCUCGACGAGAUCCUCCAUCGCCGGGUCAUCGGCCAGGACGAGGCCGUCCAGCUAGUCGCCGACGCGGUGAUCCGCGCCCGUUCCGGCAUCAAGGAUCCACGUCGGCCGAUCGGCUCGUUCAUCUUCCUCGGCCCCACCGGAGUGGGCAAGACCGAGCUCGCCAAGACCCUCGCCGAGGCGCUGUUCGACAGCGAAGACAACCUGGUGCGCAUCGACAUGUCCGAGUACAUGGAGAAGCACAGCGUGUCGCGCUUGAUCGGCGCGCCACCGGGCUAUGUCGGCUACGAAGAAGGCGGCCAGCUGACCGAAGCAGUGCGCCGCAAGCCCUACUCGGUGCUGCUCUUCGACGAGAUCGAGAAAGCCCACCACGACGUCUGGAGCGUGCUCUUGCAAAUUCUCGACGAUGGCCGGGUCACCGACUCCCAGGGCCGCACGGUGGACUUCAAGAACACGGUCAUCAUCAUGACCUCGAACAUCGGCUCGCCUCACCUGCUCGAAGGUGUAACAACCGAAGGCGAAAUCACCGAGUCGGCCCGCAAGGCCGUCACCGACGAGCUCCGCGCCAGCUUCCGACCCGAGUUCCUCAACCGGAUCGACGACAUCGUCUUGUUCACUCCGCUACAGCUCGCCGAGCUGCAGCAGAUCGUCGAGUUGCUGAUCCGCAACUUGCGCGACCGGCUAGCCGACCGCCGCAUCGGCCUCGAGCUCACCACGGCGGCCCGCGAGUACAUCGCCCGCGAAGGCUACGACCCGGUCUACGGCGCCCGGCCGCUCAAACGCUUCCUCCAACGCCAGCUCGAAACCAAGAUCGGCCGCGCCCUGAUCGCCGGCGAAGUCGAAGAAGGCGGCACCAUCGAAGUCGACCUCCAAGACGGCCAGCUGGCGGUCACCGUGCGCGAGACCGCAGCCGAGCCGGCCACAGUCGGCGCCUGA